AUGGCUGACACAGGACUGAGAAUGAAUUUUGCCGCACUCAAGAGAGCGGAUCCAUACGCGAAGGAGAUAAUUGACAGCGCGACCCAUGUUGCGCUGUACACCUUCGAAGAGAACGAAUGGGAGAAGACCAACAUUGAAGGUGCUUUGUUUGUGUACAGUAGAAAUGGGGAACCGUACCACAGUUUAGUAAUUAUGAACAGGUUGAACACGAACAAUUUGAUCGAGCCCGUCUCUAAAGGAAUCGAACUACAAUUGAAAGAACCGUUCCUAUUGUAUAGAAACGCCAAAUGUCGCAUUUACGGUAUAUGGUUUUACGAUAAAGAGGAGUGUAUACGAGUCGCGACUAAACUCAACUCUUUAGUGAAAGAAUCAAUGAAAAUGCCUAACGAAAUGCCGCAGACUCCAUCAUACAGUGCUCCGGCGAAAUCGGACGCUGUCGACAUUUUUAGCAUGUUGAGUAAGGCGCAAGAUGAUUUUAAUUUGAACAAAAGCGGUAUGCCGGGGAAGCCCGAUUCAAUCCCUCGAGCGCCGGAUAUGACAUCUCAAAGUGUUAUGGAUUUCUUUGCGAAGGCUGGUAGCGGAGCAGCGGCCCAAAUGCCAGCUGUUUCGUCCCUUCCAUCCCCUGGCAUAUUUGGACCCAGACCUAAUGACGCUAGAGAAGCUCCUUUGUUACUACAAAGAUUGAUGAGCAACCCGGCUCAUUCAGUUGAACACAUAGAAAAGCAACAAAGAUCAGUUACUCCUCAGGAUGCUCACUCUACUAAUGGGAAUAUUUCAAUUGAACCCAUGUGUCAGAAUCCUGCGUUCCAAUUGAAGUCGACACCAAUUGAAAAGCGAUCCCAUCAGAGAAUAUCGGAGAUGAAAAAUAUUCAACAUAUUGAAGGUGACAUCAAUGGGCCUAAUCCAUUGGAGGUGGAGUUAAACUUAAUGCAUAUUUCAUCACAAAAGCCAUCAUCGCCAUUAGCCACAUACCUGAAUCAAUCUCAAGAGUCUUAUAAUGGUGGUAAAUUAGAGGAAAUAGGUAUUAACCACCUUAUGAAUCCUUUCCCCAACCAGCCAAAGCCUGCUUUGAUGCCGCCAACCAUGUUUACUGCAACAGCGGGAUGCGAGAUCCAGUCUACCCCAGAACCCCUUACAAGGAAUCAACUACUGCAAGCCUUUAAUUACUUACUUAAACACGACGCUGACUUCGUAAAUAAGUUACACGAGGCCUAUGUUAAAUCCUUUUCAGAAAAAGAUUAUUCUGUUUCAUAA